CCGGAGGGAGAGCUCGUCGUCUCGCGUGAGCUCGACCCCCAACCAGAUCCGGGCAUCUUCUCCGGCCGGCCGGGAUCUCCCGCCGUCGUGCAACGGCCGAGUGGCCGGCCGGGCUGGGACCAGUUUGUCUUCGUUCCGGUGAGGGGUGAGUUCAGAGUUGUAGCGCCGGCGGGCGGCGACCGGAGUGGAGGAGGGAGGCGGGAGUUUGCGUCCAGUAUCCCCCGCGACUGCGACGCCGGAUAGAGGAAGCGGUGGCGGAAUCUGGCGGCCGACGCGCCGGUUGAUCGGUCUGAGGUGGGGGGCACAGCUAAUCUUGGCGAAAAAUCGGGGGUUCAACUAAAGCCAUUAUGCCUCGCGCUGAGGUUGCUUUUGCAAUGCAUGCCGGUGAUGGUGAAGUAGAGGCAGGGUUCGCUAAGCUGCAGGGUGUGGAUUUUGAGUACUACAUGCAGACCUACUCGAUCAUGCUGGGCCGCAGCAGCAAGAAAUCGAUGGUGGAUGUCGAUCUCUCCAGCCUUGGUGGGGGGAUGAACAUUUCGCGCCACCAUGCGCGGAUAUUCUACGACUUCCAGCGCCGCCGUUUCGCGCUCGAUGUCAUCGGCAAGAAUGGCUGCCAUGUUGAGGGCGUCCUGCAUCUCCCUGGGAAUUCUCCUGUUAAGCUUGACUCGCAGGACCUCCUUCAGAUUGGGGACAAGAAGUUUUACUUCCUCCUGCCCACGAGGGCUGGGUCUAUCUUUGCGUCGCUUGCCGCUGCUCGACAAGCCCCUGUUAUUCCCUCACAGAUCCCGCUGCCACCGUAUGUGCAGCCAGGGCACCCUCGUGUGUCCGAUUUCCAUGACCGCCGCCCUGAAGGCGAUUAUGGUCGGGGCAGUGAUGACAUUGGGAAUGGUGUCAGUGAAAGUGGAAUGAAGGGCAAGCUGAAGAGAACCAAGAAGUCUCCUGGAGAUUUUGACAUCUAUGGUGGGCACAGAAUCAAUGUUGAACCAAUAGGAACAAUCGGCGAAGACAAUAGACCAGAAAUAAGGUUGAUGGGUGAUAGGGAUCUGGACAACCAGCACAUCCUUCAAUUGGAAGAGAAGGAAGUCGUGUCAUCUGUUGCGACUGUAUUAUCUGACCUCUGUGGUCCUGGACAAUAUAUGCCUAUGAGAGAACUCCACGCAGAGCUUGUGGGCCGGUUUGGCAACGUGUGGCACCACAGCAGAGUGCGGAAGUACCUGACCUGGGAGGACUGGUCGCCGAUUAUAGCCAAGGGGAGGCCAUGGUUUGGACUGCUGGAGCUGCUCAGGAAGCACCCGGAGCACUUCGUCAUCAACACGAAAUGGAAGGGCAGGGAGAUCUCGGAGUUUGUCUCGCUGGUUUCCUUGCUCUCCUAGGCGGAACCACAGAGCAGCAAGGCUGAUUCUAAGCUUUUCUUGCGUUUCGUUGCGCACCUGUAGUGCAGUAUCCAGAAGGCCGAGUGGUGUCCUGAUUUGUCUAUAAGAGAGCAUCAGUUUGAUGGAGCCACUGUAUCCUGAGUUUCUCUGACUUAGCUCUGUAGUGUUGAGAAUGUUGUGUGGAAACUUUGACUUUUAAGUGGUAUAUUCA